GGUCAACCAGCUCCAGCUCCAGCUCCAAGCUCCCACAUCCCGCACACGAGCAGCGCAUCCAUCCCGAAUCACCCUCAGCCCACCAUGAAGUCGUCACUUUUGCUCCCAUUGUGCACCGCAGCGCUGGUCGCUGCUGUCUACCCUCCGCAGGUCGUGCUGGGUGACUCGCAGCAGGCACCCAUCGUUGAAGCGGACAAGUACCUCAUCGAGCUGGCACCGGGAGAGACCCAGUGGGUCACAGAAGACGACAAGUGGGCUCUGCGUCGCAAAGGCAUCAACUUCAUGGACAUCACGGACAACUCUGAGCUCGGCGCCUUGAACAGCAACUACGGCGCACGGAGCGUCAAGUUUCCUAAGAAGAUCGCUCAGAACGACACCGUCGCUCCGCUGCUCAAGCAGCUCGAGAAGAACAAUAUGCGCAAGCACCUGGAGGUCUUCACGUCCUUCCAUACGAGAUACUAUAAAUCCCAGUAUGGCGCGCAGUCCUCUGCGUGGCUGCUGAAGCAAGUCAACGACACAAUUGCGAAGAGCGGAGCUUUCGAACACGGUGCGUCGGUGAAGGCUUUCUCCCACCCUUGGGGCCAGUCUUCCAUCAUCGCCACGAUUCCGGGAAAGAGCAACAAGACUGUUGUCAUUGGUGCCCACCAGGACAGCAUCAAUCUGUUUCUCCCGUCCAUCCUCGCUGCACCCGGAGCUGACGACGAUGGAAGCGGCACCGUCACGAUCCUCGAAGCCCUGCGCGUGCUGCUCAAGUCCAAGGAUAUCGUGAAAGGAGACUUCCCGAACACUGUCGAGUUCCAUUGGUACAGCGCCGAAGAGGGAGGGCUACUUGGCUCUCAGGCAAUCUUCCAGUCAUACGAAAAGGAGGGCCGUGAUGUUAAGGCCAUGCUUCAGCAGGAUAUGACAGGUUACGUGCAGAAGACUAUCGACGCGGGCGAACCUGAGUCUGUUGGCGUGAUCACUGACUUCGUCGACCCCGGCCUGACUGAGUUCAUCAAGGAGGUCAUCACAGAGUAUUGCAAUAUCCCUUACGUACUCACGAAGUGCGGCUACGCGUGUUCCGACCAUGCCAGUGCCAGCAAGGCUGGAUACCCCUCCGCUUUUGUCAUUGAAUCGGACUUCAAAUACUCGGACAACAAGAUUCACACAACGGAAGACAAAAUCGAAUAUCUCAGCUUCGACCACAUGCUCCAGCAUGCGAAGUUGACGCUAGCCCUUGCCUACGAACUGGCCACACAUAAGUUUGACUAGGCAGUGUCACUGUUUUUGAUGGGAAGCAUUUGUAGAUACCCAAAGCGUAAACGAAGGAUGGUUGGGCAUUGCGGGCAUGUUAGAAUAUGGCGUUGGUGUCGAUAGCAAAUACAUGAAUCAUGUCCUUCCUCAAGCACGG